CCCGAUCCUUCCCCACGCUUCCGCCCCGUCCCCUUCCGACGUGCACCUCAUUGUCGUCCCCUCCAUCGCCGCUGCUAGACUCCUAGCCGCCGCCUCUCAACUAGUUUUCUGUUGGGUGGAUUUUCAAAAACCCCCAAUGCGCCAAACGCUAUAGCUCACUCGAUAGUUGACAAAAUUGAGUGAUUCGACUUGCAAAAGAACGCUCUUGGUGUCAGCUACAACGUCGUAAAAUUUCGGACUGUUUCAUCGCUUGGAUUGAUGCCCAAGGCGUUGGUGCCAGAUGUCGUCGGAAGCGCGAUGGCCGCGCGAGCGUUGGUACAUGUCGGUGUUGGAGAAGAACGCGACGACCGUGGCGGGACUUCGGCAGACUUCUCGUGUGAUGGGGAUAAGUUGAUCUGCUUCGGUAUGGUGUUGGAGUACCAGAAUCCAUCUGGGGUGAAGUCGGGGUCAAGAUCUGGCGGGUGCGUCGAGGCUGCGAACGACACGAUGCCAUCGCUGUCGGCAGUACCGCGGUCGGGGACGAAGUCCAACAUGAAGACACCGGACUUCAGAUGAGCACGACCGGUGAAGAGGCCGCCCUUCCCGUGGUAAAGGCGAAACUCGUUGAGUCCGAGUCGCACUCCAAGUGAAUCCCUUUUGCCA